GGAGCUCCAGUUACCCCAAUUGUCCGCCUGUAGCUGCAUUUCCCCCCUCGUGCUUUGCUUUGCAUAUCUCUUACAAUGAGUUCGAAAGACCCGUCAGGUUCCGCCAAACCGGAAGCUAAAGCGGAAGAGUGGGCCGGUCCAAAGGCCACCAAAUUCGACACCAAAGCGUAUAGCGAGUACUUCGAUCCCUGUCAAGAGGCUGCGGACAAGAGCAUACGGUGCUUGAAGAGAAAUGGUGGAGAGAGGGCGAUGUGCACCGAUUUCUUCCAGGCAUAUCGAGAUUGCAAAGAGCAAUGGCAAACUGCCAGAAAAGAAGCGAGGAAAAAUAAGCCAUGGUUCGGUUGAAUAGGGUGUAAGAUGGAAUACAAAAUGGGUGUAUCAUAUCUCCUCUCUGCGUAAGCAUGGCGUAUGGGUGUUAUCUACUAUGGGUGUACGCUACGGAACACAGCAGGUUUGAUAGAAUCAAACAUUGCUAAGUAGGCGACACAUGUCGGUGGUUGCGAUCGAUGUGGCUAAGCUGGGCAUGCAACCCGACUCCUAUGGACGCUGAGAUAAACAGCAUGGAACAGUCUAGGCUCAAGGAUGCAGCGCGCGACGCAACAUGAAUGUUGAUGUGGGAUCAGCUCAAAUCCUGGCCGUGGAAUUGAGCCUAUAUAUCUUGAUCUACCACAGCAGCCAUAGCUCCAGUAGAGCGCCUCUCCGCUUCAAUCUUGCUGCAACUGUACACGGCUGACGCAGCUACAAUCACGCAAUCUGCUAGAGCUCC